AUGAGUUUUCCUUUCGUCUCGGACUACAAGUAUCACCUCUCUCCUACUCAGGUCAGGGAACGUAUCAGACUUAACGGCCGAGUUAUAUCCCGAGAUCUAUUCUCCCACUACUUCAACGAGAUCUGGGACAUGUUCGAGCGGUGUGAGAUUGCGGACCUAGAGAACAGUCCUGCUAGAUUCCCGUCAUUCCUCAAGUACAUUGUUGUCAUGUCCUACUACGUGUUUAUUAAGGAGCGGGUAGACGUUGCUGUGAUAGAGGUGGGACUAGGAGGGAGGUACGAUUGUACUAACGUUGUGGACCACCCUGCUCUCACUGCUAUUACUCACCUGGGUUACGACCACUGCUCCAUUCUCGGCUACACGAUAGAGGAGAUAGCAAACGAGAAGGCGGGUAUAAUGAAAGAAGGGGUCCCAGUGUUAACAGUUAACCAGCACUAUACUGCUAGCUAUCCUGUACUGGAAAGAGAGGCUAGAGAGAUGAGUACUGCUGUUAUUAGGGUGCCUCCGUUGUCCCACUACCCCAACCCGCCGACUCUGAACUCAGACACCUGGUCAGAUAACAUUUCCCUGUCACUGCAGAUAGCUAAACAUUGGCUCAACUUGAAUCCCCUCAUCACCAGGUAA